AUGCCUACCGUUGUGGGACAUACGGAGAUGACCUUCACCCGAUAUUCCACCGUAGCUACCCGACCGCAAGACACGCAGCACUCUAACAGUGAAGAGCGCCUCCAGAAUCCCUGCCAUGCGCCGUACGGUCACGGCAACUAUCAGCGGGGCACUCUGUUCUUCUGCAUCGCCACGUUGGCGGCGUUGCACUGCCACUCUAGCGCUCUCGUGCUGAUCACGGGCCCCGUGGACCACUGGUGCAAGCCCCCGGCCGCGUUCGUCAAUCUUUCCGUCGAGGAAUGGAAGAGCCUCGGCAUACCUACCGAUGCGGAGGGCCGCUACAGCCACUGCUUCUUCUACUCUCUCACACGCGUCACUGCCAACGAGACGACCGUCGAAGAGGUCCGCUGCACAGCCUGGGACUACGACCAGGAGACAGCCGGGACUACGGCGCGUAGCUUCUGGGACAUUGUGUGCCACCGUCGCUGGCUCCUGGUCCUGGGCAACACUGUCUACAUGAGCGGAGCUCUGGUCGUGGUUCCCGUGGCUGGGUACGUUGCGGACACCGUCGGCCGCCAGCCUGUCAUCGCCGCGGCCGUUACCGCGUUGGUCGCCACAACGGUGGGGAGCUGCUGCGCCGACUCAUACCCUGCGUACCUGGCCACGUGCUUCGGCAACUCCGCCUGCGUCAGCAGCCUCUUCGUGGUCACCCUCAUACUGUUGUUCGAGGUGACGCCGCUCAGCUAUCGAGCCCUGUACAUUAGCCUGAUGGCCUUUGUUGGCGACGUCCCCACGGACCUGUUUUUCCUCGUGCUCCCCAUGCUCCGCCUGCCGUGGUCCGUGGCACGCACGGUUGCUGUGUCGCCCACAUUUCUGCUGAUCCCCGCUUUCUACUUCGUAUUCGAGUCGCCGGUGUGGCUCCUCUCCCACUCCCGACUGCAGAAAGCCGAGGCUGUCAUGAUGCGGGCCGCGGCUAUCAACGGCGUCGAGCAGGAGAGGGCGCUAGACUCUGUGCGCCAACUGCUCGCCCAGCUUGGCAAUCGCCAGCAGAGCGACGCGCGGAUAUCGCUGAUGAGCCUCGUCACUCCCGGAAUCGUGCGCACCAGGGCGGCCAUUGUGUUCUGCACCUCCUUCUCCAUCAUGCUCGCCUUCUACAUCACCUCGUGGGUGAGCAUUCACCACAAAUCACCCGAAAUGAAGGUGACCUUCCUGUGCCUGUCGCUGCCCUGCUACGGAAUAAUGUACCUCGCUAUGAGAACAUUUGGACGAAAGCAGGUGCUAAUGUUCCUGCUACCGCUCUUGGGCGGCAUCUGCACUGCGCGGAGCGUGGCGAUUGACGCGGGUCCUACUCUCCUCUCCGACGUCCUCUUGAUCAUCGCGAGGGACUGCGCUCUUGUGGCCGUCCAAGCCAUCUACAUUUGCAUUGCCGAGAUAUUCCCUACGACCGUCCGCUGCGUAAUAAUGUGCGUCGCGUACGCGUUUGGCCGCCUGGGCGCCAUGAUGGCUUCAGUGUUAGAUCUCUUGCGAUACUCUGGCCGCGAAGAUUUGACCUACUUCAUACUUGGCUUCUUGAUGUUCGCUAGCCUCAUCCUCGUCCAUUGGCUACCAGAGACGAGCUACGGCAUGUACACGCCGCGUGGUGCUCCACUGACGGAAGAAGCGCCUUUCCCGAUGCAGCGGCCCCAAGCUGCUGACAGAAUCCAAGGCUGCGUUGCCGGAAGCCGAGAAAAACCGUCCUAG